AUGGCAGAUCAAGAUACUCCUGAGGUGAAUUCCUCCCAGGGAAUGUUUCUGUCGCUCUCGGGGGGACAAGCUGAGCAGUUGCACCUUUUGCCUGAAGUGAGAAGGGAGUUCUACGUAAACCACAAAGCUUCACUAAAGCUAAAAAAAAACACCGCUGUUGCUUUCAGGGGAUGUAAGGGUCUUGGCACCAGAGAAAUAACUUGGCCUACAACCAGGUCCCUGGAUGCCCCGUGGCGCCCUGUCCUCGGCCGCCCAGUGCCUCCUAAUGGCUGGCAGUUGACCCCUCCAACCAGGAUGACGCUGCGAGAGCAGCUAAGAGAGAAGAUUUCAGCGGCCUUCUACCGCCACGGCCUGCUGUGUGCCUCCUACCCAGUUCCCAUCAUCCUCUUCACCUCAGCCAGCAUCCUCACCUGCUGCUAUCCAUUAUUGAGGCUUCCCCUGCCUGGGACGGGUCCUGUGGAGUUCACCACAGGGGUGCGAGAUUACAGUGUUCCUUCCCAUGAGCCUCAGGGAGACCUCGGUGAACGGCCUGACUGGUACCGUGGUCUUCCGGUGGCCUACAUCCAGCAGGUGUUGGUGAAGGCAGCAGUGUCUCCGUGGGACAGCAGUCUGGUACCGGUUGAUGUGUUUCGCUCACCACUGGGCCGAGUCUUUAACCUUGUGGAGGAGAUCCGAAACCAUGUCCACCAAGACAGCUCUGGGGUUCGAAGUCUGGAGACUCUUUGUCUCCAGGUGUCAGACCUGUUUCCAGGAUUACGACGGAUGCAGUCGGUCCUGCCAGAGCAUGGCUGCCUUCUUGUAUCCCCUGGCAACUACUGGCAGAACCAGCGAGAACUAUUUGACUCCGACCCCGACCUCCUAAAGACCAUUCAGAAGCAUGAACCUAAAGGCCUGCACACCUCGGCCACACUGCGAGACCUCCUGUUUGGUGUCCCUGGCAAGUACAGUGGUGUCAGUCACUACAACAGGAAGAGAGUGGUGACGUACACAAUAACGGUAGUGCUGUACAGAUACGAUGCAAGCUUCCUGGGCAGCCUUCGGUCACGUCUGAAACAGCUCUACCCAUCAGCCAACUGCAGCCUCAGAGAUGAUCACAUGGUCCAUGUCCACUUUAAGGAAGAGAUUGGCAUCCCUGAACUCAUCCCGCUUGUAACCACGUACAUCAUCCUGUUUGCCUACAUCUAUUUCUCAACACGUAAAAUUGACAUGGUGAAGUCCAAGUGGGGCCUGGCUCUGGCUGCUGUGGUCACUGUCCUCAGUUCUCUGCUUAUGUCUGUGGGACUGUGCACUCUGUUUGGACUCACGCCCACACUCAAUGGAGGUGAGAUAUUUCCUUACCUGGUGGUGGUGAUUGGAUUGGAGAAUGUUUUGGUCCUCACAAAAUCUGUGGUGUCCACUCCUGUUGACCUUGAGGUUAAGCUACGCAUCGCUCAGGGACUAAGUAAUGAGAGCUGGUCUAUCAUGAAGAACAUGGCCACUGAACUGUGCAUCAUUCUCAUUGGCUAUUUCACUCUGGUUCCAGCAAUCCAGGAGUUCUGUCUGUUUGCUGUUGUCGGCCUGGUGUCUGACUUCUUCCUGCAGAUGUUCUUCUUCACCACUGUACUUUCUAUAGACAUUCGCCGCAUGGAGUUGGCUGACCUAAACCGCCGGCUGCCAGCUGAAGCAGGACUGCCUCCACCCAAACCUGGUCCUCUGCGACCACGUGAGGUCCCCCCUCCCCCAAGACCCUCUCCUCAUACCAUAACCCUGCAGACCCCAGCCUUCAGGAACCUCAGGCUUCCCAAGAGGCUGCGUGUGGUCUACUUCCUGGCUCGCACACGCUUGGCCCAGCGCAUCAUCAUGAUUGGCACAGUAAUCUGGAUAGGCAUCCUGGUCUACACUGAUCCUGCUGGGCUCCGCACCUACCUGGCUGCACAGGUAUCAGAGCAAAGCCCACUGGGGGACCCCGGGGGUGGUGGACUUCCCCCUCACUUUGGAGUGGCUCCUGUCUUCCAUGGCAGAGACCCUACCAGCACCCUCAGAGUAGUUCAUCCAGCUCCACAGCCCACUCCUCUACCAGAGAACCAGUCACAGGGGCACCACGGUGCUGCAAGGGCAGGGCCCCUCCCUCAUUCUCCACCUGCUAUUCCUCAAAUCACUUGGGGUGCUGAGGAUGAGGAGGGCUGGAGGAGGCUGUCCUUUAGGCACUGGCCUUCACUCUUCAGCUACUAUAAUAUUACUUUGGCAAAGAGGUACAUCAGUAUCCUGCCUGUCAUCCCUGUGACCCUUCACCUCAGCCCACAGGAAGCUAUUGAGACACGUCACCCACAGGACACGAGACACCCGCCACCACCCAUCCCCAAAGUGUCUGCAGAUCUGCAGACAGACCUAACACUGUACAAGGUUGCAGCUUUGGGCCUGGCAGCAGGAGUCCUGCUGGUUCUACUGCUCUUUUGCCUCUAUCGGGUCCUGUGUCCUCGUAACUAUGGACAGAAUGGCGUGGCCCAUGGACGGCGGCGCCGAGGGGACCUGCCCUGUGAUGACUACGGUUACUCACCUCCUGUCAGCGAGAUCUCACCUCUGCUGCUGAGAGGACACAGCAUGGACAUUGAGUGUUUGGCUAGUGAUGGGAUGCUACUGGCCAGUUGUUGCCUGGCAGGACAGAUCCGGGUUUGGGAUGCCCAAACUGGUGACUGUCUGACUGUCAUCCCAAACCAUGGGCUGAGACGGAGCAGCAGCAGUAGCUGCUGGGAGCAGCGUGAUGGAUUGGACAGCGGGGCUCCCGAGUUGGACUAUUUAGGAUCUGAAGGUCAUGACCCCUCCAUCAGUGGUGAUGGUCUAUCAGAGGAUGAGGGCUACCCUCUCAGACGUCGAACCGCUCCCUCCAGACCCACACUGUUCACAGACCAGCCUGACCUCACCCCACUCAUCGACACCAACUUCACCUUGCAGCCGCCCUCACACCUGUCCACCCCCCCCAGGGGAGGCUUUGACUUCGGGGGCCUGGUGGAGCGGGCCUACAUGGAACAUGAACCCCCCUCUCCCUCCACCUACCCAUCACCAUCCUCACCAUCCUCUUCACCCCCAUCAGGAGCUCUGUUGCAGAGGAGACCAAGCCUGGGGGAUGCAGCUGCCUCUCUCCCACAGGACAGAGUAUCUGCAGUGGGUCCUCAAGCCACAGCGGACUGGGACAGCUCUGUGUGGGCCAUGGAGCUCAGAGGGAAUCUGAUUGCUGCAGGCAGGAGCAGUGGCAAACUGGAGCUGUGGGAUGCAGUCGAAGGGUCGUUACGCUGCAGUAAUGAGGAGGGUGUCUCUGGGAUCACAGCUCUAGCUUUUCUCAACAACAGAAUCGUAGCAGCUCGUCUAAACGGCUCUCUAGAUUUCUUCACUGUUGAGAUAAACAAACCUCUGGCACUUCUCCAGCACAGAGGAACCCCAGGGCGGGGCAGCAUGCCCCCUUCUCCCUGUUACAGCAGUGAGGAUGUGAUCAGUUGUCAGCUCACACGCUCAGUGCAGUGUGCUCACCAGAAGCCCAUCACUGUUCUGAGAGCAGCCGCCGGGAGGGUGGUCACAGGCAGCCAGGACCACACAGUCCGGGUUUAUCGUCUGGAGGACUCGUGUUGCCUCUUUACCCUUCAGGGUCACUCUGGAGGAAUCACAUCCAUUUACAUAGACCAAACAAUGGUUCUGGCAAGUGGUGGGCAGGACGGUGCGAUCUGUUUGUGGGACGUCCUGACAGGAAGCCGGGUGAGCCAUGUGUACGGUCACCGUGGCGAUGUCACCUCUCUGGUCUGCACCACGUCUUGUGUUAUCAGCUCAGGACUGGAUGACCUUAUCUGUAUCUGGGAUCGCAGCACCGGGAUCAAGCUCUACUCCAUACAACAGGAAGUGGGCUGUGGGGCGAGCCUGGGCGUCAUCUCUGAGUCCUUGUUGGUGACUGGGGGCCAGGGCUGUGUGUCCUUCUGGGACCUGAACUUCGGUGACCUGCUGCAGACUGUCUACCUGGGUCAGAGCGGCGAUGGCCAGGGUGUGAGGCAGCUGCUGGUGCUGGACAACGCUGCCAUUGUGUGUGACUUUGGCAGUGAGCUCAGCCUGGUAUACGUGCCAUCAGUGCUGGAGAAGCUCGACUGAAGAUGGACUGACAGAACGUGGAUGCUCAGAUGCCAUAGUUCUUGUCAGGAGAAAAACGUGCACUCAGAACAUCUUUUUCUCCUCAAUCAUUUGUACUUUCUUUUUCCAAUUUUCCUCUUGAGACUUGAUCUUUUGGCUGGUUUUCCACAUGCAUAAAAGGCUUCCUUUUGUUUUAAGCAGUGAGAUGUUUGAGUGCACACUUGGAUGGAUUACAAAGAUGGACUGAAACAAGGUGCAAUUAGCUGCAUAGUUUUUUGCAGCUCCUUGACACUUGUAAAGGUCAUGAGGUGAGUUAAAGAAUAUUUGGACAUGAAGAGGAUCUGACGGUUACCAGUUUGUGCUUUCCGUGUUUCCAUGGUUCUGCCCUCUAUGCUGCUGAAGUGGGUGAGGCUCUGCUAUGAGCACGCUCAGUGAGAGAGAGGAAGAUGAAACCCGUCUCCUCGUCUUGUGCUGUUCCUGCCGUGUGGUCGGAGGUGCAGCAGCGUCCAGCUAAACUUAUACCUGAACAUGUUAGUGAAUGAGUGAGUGUGGGCUCUUCCUCUGGUCAUAGUACUGCUGAGGACUCAAACCAGUUAGUGUGAGUGAAGGCCAGUGGCUGAUUACUGUACAAAGUUAACCUCCAGAGGGGGUUGUUUUUACUAUGUAUAAAUUUAUUAUUUAUUAGUGAUACAUUUUUGAAAUAACAUUUUGUUUAUGAAUGGCUAAUCCUGACUCCUAAACAUGAGAGAAUAUAAUGUGGAGAUAAUGACAUGGUGAUUUUUUUUUCCCUGGGUGGGGGAGGGGGUCUUUGUAAUGCUGAGCUGGAGACAUUUAGUGAGCUCAUUAGGCUAUCUCCAUGUUCCAAACUGCUUGUAUUUUGGAUGAAAAUACUGAUGUCAUGUUUACAUUGGCUACUGUAUUUUGUGUGUGCCCUUUAGAGAUUUUUUUUAUGACUGUUUACAGAACUCACACAGAUGAUUUUCAUCUUCAUUCCACUUUUUUUUUCCUAUUUAGUUCAUGACAAAUCCAUGAAAAUGCCACUUUUUUUUCCAGAGAAAAUGUGAAGAAAAAAUAUAGAGAACAGAGCAUUAAAUCAGCAUUCAUAAUAUUAACUUUACCCCUACUGUUUGCAUUUGCUCUUCCAGUUACAGUACUAUGCAAAAGUCUUUGACAUGCAUAUUUAUUUCUCAUUCUGUUUUCUUCGGUUAAAACAACAAAAUACAGAAAAUAUGUGCACAGCCAAGACACACAAAAAAACUAAACUAAAUGGGUUGUAAUGGUUAAAGUCACUAGCUAGUGUGACCCCUGACCACAUGAUGAGAAGCAUCACAAACAGAAACAUCUGACAUGUUGAAUGAAACUUGGUGUAAAACAUCAGAAAAUUAAAUGAAAUGAACAAUGGGAUUAAAGACAUGAGUAGGUCACACUUAAUACAACUACUUUGGUUUCUAAAAGCUGCUUUCCUCUUAAAGUUGUUUUUACUGCUGUACAAACUUCCCAUAUAUCUUACUACAGAGACCAACAAAUGCAUAUGCGUGGUUAUUAGAACUUUACUGAACCAACAGACCUAAUGUUCGUCUAGGGCUUUUGCACAGUACUGCACAAAAACAGAUCAAACUGAUCGUUUAAUAGUUAAAUGCUGAUACAUCUGAGGACCAUUUGCAUUGGUUCUGAAUGCAUUUCAGUGGCUCUUCAGAGUAGCAUUUGGCACUGAAACAUUUAUGGAACUUCAGUUGUUUGAAAGCACAUUAAUUCAUAAAAAGGCGGGUUUGCUGGCCUAACAUAACCCAGAGAACAGUGGAUGCACUGUGCUGUCUUUUAAAGGGAUAGUUUCAUUGAAAUGGGAUGCUAUUAGUAUUACCUGCAUGAGGAGCACUUCCCUUUUUAAUGGAGCUGCCUGGAAGCAUGAGUAAAAACUGCCCAAAAUUAAAUAGCUGCAUUACAUAGUUCUCUUCCCCUCUUCUGCUGUAGUUACUUGUGAACCUUCAGGUCUUUUCUCUGAAUCCCUGUUGGAGAAUGUCAUCCUCCAGGUGUAAGACGUGUCCUGACAGACGCCAGCUAACCACAAACCAGAAUGUACUUUGUCCAGGUCAUCCAGCACCUUCUGCAUCAGCUGAGUGUAGAUCUAGACCCCAACAGUUCCAUGUCGGGGAAACCAGCAGCUAAAUGCUCAACAGUAUCGCAGACCACGAAAUCUGUUUCACCACUAACCCUCUGACACAAGUGCUUCCGCACAUUUGGGCACUUUGACCAACAGGAGUUUACACACACACACCAACACACACACUCAAAGGAAUUGUGGAUGUCAUACCUGCAGAGCAUUUCGACAUGACCAGGCUCACAGUCUGAUCACAGGGACAUCGAUACCAAUGAUUUGUGUCUACGCUGUAUGACCCCUGCAUCCCCGUGAAACCAUGUCUGUGACGCCUCUCCGUCUCAUUUAUUAGCUCUUGAAUAUUCUAUCAGCAGGAGGCAAUGAACCUAUAGAAAUAGGAAAAUGUCUAAUUUUUUCUGGGUUUGUUUUUUUUUUUUUAUCUUUGUUUUCUAGCAAUGUGAAUUUGUUUUCUAUAUUGAGGGAGGGAAGGAUGCUGGCAAUUUCCAAACUGAAUCUCAGCCUCUUAUCAAAUGUUGUAGCUUAUCACUCAGCCUUGUAACCAUAUCUAGCAGUACAACAUAAGAUUCAUUUUGAAGAAAAACUUGCUCUAACAAACUAAACAAGGCACUAUAUCAGCUGUGGAGAGGAUCAAGAUGGAGGAUGCAUACAGGUUAAAUCAGAGGACCCCUUGUUGAUGGGGUUAUAUGGAAAUCAUUACCAUCAUAGUGAGGCACUAACUACUGUACUGAAAUGCAGCCACUAAGGAUGGAACAUUCAAAUUAGAUUUAUCAGAUCAAAAUAUUUGGUGACAUCUAAUUCAACCAAGUCCUUUCAGGACGUCAGUAUGUGAAAUGUUACAGUGGGUGCUAGUGAGUCAUUUCUAGCAAGACAUCAAAAUUUAAUGUUCACAACAUCCUACAGCAGAAGACAAGCAUAUCCACGUCUUUUGAUGAUUUUGACCAAAGUGGGUUUCCACUUGGUGCUUGUGGUAUUUCUCUAAGACCAGUUUAUUCAAGUCCAUAUACCAAAAAAUGCAGAAAUGACCAACUCAAACCAGAAUGGCAGAUGUCUGUUGGGAACAGGGUUUAGUUCCAAGAUGCUUUGUGCAUCUGGACUUGAUACAUGUUUAAUAUACAGUACUCUACCUACAUCUAGGUCAAACCACACCUGAAUAGCUCAAUAGCUCAUAGGGAGCUAUUGAUCCAUCUUCCCACAUACAAGAGAUGUUUGAUGUCAUUUCAAUACAAUAAUAGCACCUAGAAUCUGCAGCAGGCAUGGUCAUGUCACAUUUCCAAACUGUUCCACAGUUUACAUAGUAUGUGUCAUGUUCUGACCACAUGAAGAAUCAUUUAAAGCAA